AUGGAAAAAAGCUACCAGAUACAAGAAAACGACGAAAACUUAAACCCAUUUGGAGAACAAGAUCCAAAUCUCAGUCCUAUAUCCAGAAUGCUUAAAAAAAACUCAAAUGAUCCUUUGUUUGAAUUCCGAGGACUUCAAGUGUCCACCCCUAAAAAAGAUAUGUUCGGUCCACCUCCAUUGUGCACGCCUUCAUUUGGACAUCUGAGAAAUCAUAACUUUUAA